CAGAUGUCAACGAAUGCGAUCUAAAGAAUGGGGGCUGUGAAGAGAUUUGUUUAAACACCCCGGGGAGCUUCUACUGUGCCUGCCAUAAGGGGUUCAAGCUCACCGAGAAGACAUCAUGCACCGACGUCAAUGAAUGCGACCACAUGAACGGAGAAUGCAACCAUCGCUGUAACAACACAAUUGGUGGACAUAUGUGUUACUGUUACCAUGGUUACAGUCUACAAAACAACACCCAGUGUAUCGACAACAACGAAUGCGCCGAGAACAACGGUGGCUGUGAACACAUUUGCCACAACAUCCCGGGUAGCUACAACUGUGACUGUAACCAAGGAUACCGUCUAGUAGAUAACGUCCACUGCAGAGAUAUCGAUGAAUGCACCGAAGUUCACGACUGCAGUGAUGGCUGUCGCAACACCAUCGGCGGCUACGUCUGUACGUGUCAGCAAGGAUUUCAACUAAUGAACUGGACACACUGUGAAGACAUCGACGAAUGUGCUCAGAACAAUGGAGGUUGCAACCAUAUUUGUGUGAAUUCACCCGGAAGUUUUGAGUGUGUGUGCUACAAAGGAUUCAUAUUGGAAAACAAAACCCAUUGCGACGACAACAAUUAUUGCAAAUGGACAAAUUCGUUCCCGGGAUGCGUAUCAUGUACCAGCGGAACUUUCGCAAGGAAUCCUCUGAAAAUGAGCGAAUUUUACCAAUGCGUCCACGGGAAGAUGCUUAUAAGGAAAUGUCCGAUCGGAACGAUUUGGAACCAGAAGAAUUUUACGUGCAAUACACAGAAACCCAGCGAUGGUCUGGCAUCAAAUCAUGGAGUUGAUGUGAAAAAACGGAACUUCUGCAUCUUCCCGUCGACAGAAAACUGUGUGGCCUGCGAAGAUGGUUUCUAUGAAGACAAGGACGACUGCGGCAAGUUCUACCUGUGUAACUUCGGAGGUUUAAUAAGGAUGGACUGCCAGAAAGGAUGGUACUGGAGCAUAAGGACUGAGUCCUGUGUUCAAGGAAGGAACUGUUAACAGCAAAAUCAUUCCUAUCACCUCACCACAACACAUAACCUUCAGCUUAACCGUAACUUCAUUUUAAUGUGACCUUAAUAUGAUUUUUAGCUUGGUGUUUACUGGUCAUUUCUUGAUAUUAAUCAUAUUUUAGUUUGGUCUUCAACUGGCUUUAAACUAUCUUUUACUUGGCCUUCGACUGGUGUACAGCUGGCCUGCAUUUAACAUUCAAUUGGCCUUCAACAGGCAUUCGACUGAUCUUUGGUUAGCAUUCGUGUAGCGUACCACUGGCCAUCAUUUUUUGUCAAUCUCUGACUGCCCUUCAACUCGUAUUUAACUGCCAUUCGAAUAACAUGUGACUCACAUUCAACUGGCCUUUGGCAUCCGUAUAACAUUCCAGUAACCUUCUGGAGCUUGCUUGAGAAUUUGCUUUGAUUUUACUUAGCCUCUAAUUAACAUUCAACUAGCCUUCACACAGUCUUCACAUAGCCGUCAACUGGCAUUCAAAUGGAUUUCAGAUGGCAUUCAAAUAUCAUUCAACUCCCAUUUAAUGAGACAUUCAACAAGCAUUCAACAGAGCUUGAAUUAACAUUCGUAUAAAAUUCCCCUAACCUUCUGGAGUUUGCUUGGCAGUUGCUCUGAUUUUUAUUAACCUUUGUCUGGCAUUCAACUGGCCUUCAACUGACAUUUCACAAACCAUCAUAUACCCUGCAACACAAUUGCUUUCCCUCUGCAGGCCUUGUUCUAUUUAACAUUAUCCCAAACAAAUCAAAGAAGAAAAAGAUUCUAUCACCUUAUAUCUGAACACACCGCAGUCAACAACUCCCUACUUGAAUGGACAAUGAUACCACCAAACUUAACUUGAAAACGUAACUUAAGAGAUUUUAUCAUGUAAUGCUAUUAACCCUUUCGUUACUGUAUUUAUUUUGAGAUGCUCCAUGUUUCUUUCAAUUACUUUAAAUAUAACAGAGAAUUUAGUAAAAAUAACUCAGUUAUCAUGAAACUAGUGUUAAGAACUUAAAUUGUGACUAAGGCUUGGUGGAAGAUAUUAAUUUAGGACUUAUGAAAACAAGACAUUUGUACUACAGAGCCAGUCGUGGUUUCAGCCGGGUUGGUAACGAAAGGGUUAAGUUAGAUCUGGUUAUUGGCCGAAACAUAACUAAGUUUAUCUUAUUUAAUGAUUGAAAUAAAGGAGGAAAUAUACAGAGAUA